UUUCAACGUGUGACGUCACGCACGGGCUGGGUCUGCGAAUCUAAUUCCGACAUAGGAAUAUUUAUUUGGAGCUACAAAAACACCUCCGUCGUCAACCAUCCCUGCCAAGCCCAGAGCGUGGUGCUGAACAGCUGCAGCCGGGAUGUCCUACAUGAGAGCAGACAGCAGCCGGUCUCAACCACGAGACUUCAGCAACCUCACCCAGACAUGCAGCAGCAACAUCCAGAAAAUCACCCAGAACACUGGGCAGAUCAAAAAUAUGCUGUACCAAAUGGGGACAAGACAGGAAACCCCAGAGCUGCAAGAGAGACUUCAGCAGCUCCAGCACUACACCAACCAGCUGGCUAAAGAAACCAACAGACACCUGAAGGAGCUGGGUUCACUUCCCUUACCGCUCUCUCCAUCAGAGCAGAGACAACAGAAGAUCCAGAAGGAGCGGCUGAUGAAUGAUUUCUCUGCAGCCCUCAACAACUUCCAGGUGGUGCAGCGACGGGCAGCCGAGAAGGAGAAGGAGUCGGUGGCCAGGGCUCGUGCUGGCACCCGCACCAUGGGAGACGGUGGCAAUGUGGAUGAACAGCUGGUCACAUUUGAAAAGGAAGAUGAUGACUGGGGUCAGAGCCAGACUCAGACUCAGGAGCCUGCCAUUACGGAGGAGGACCUGGAGAUCAUUAAGGAGAGAGAGACUAACAUCAAACAGCUAGAGGCUGACAUUAUGGAUGUGAACCAAAUCUUCAAGGACCUGGCUGUUAUGAUCCAUGACCAGGGAGAGAUGAUUGACAGCAUUGAGGCUAACGUGGAGAGCGCUGAGGUCCAUGUAGACAGAGGCACCGCCCAGCUUCAAAAAGCAGCCUAUUACCAGAGGAAGUCCCGUAAGAGGAUGUGCAUCCUGGCCAUGGUGCUGUCGCUGGUGCUCAUCAUCCUGGUCAUCAUCAUCUGGCAGGCCAUCAAAUGAGAGACGCUCGGAGAGAGGCUUUAAGGGGCCAGCUGGUAACUUAAAAUGGCUUCCAAUGAGUACUUGUUUGUGUGUGUGUGUGUGCGUGUGUGUGUGUGUGUGUGGCUGUGAGUGUGUGUGUGUGUUUAUUUGUAUAAGAAAAUGAGCAAGGUUUUAGAAGGUCAAUACUCUUGUUAGCUGCUGAUGGCCGAUGUUUUGCACUGAUAUCUUUAAAUUUCACCAAAUUCGUGUUGAGUAAUUCUAAAUAUAAGGUCAAUUUAUGGCUGGAUUGAUACUGGCUGGAUGCUCCAAAUGCUAACUGUUAGCCUCGUGCCAUUGAGGUGGACUUCCCCCCAGCUAACAUUCUUCAAAACAACUGCAUACCAUAAUAUUACUACUAAUGCAUACUUGUUAAGAAAAAUGUCUCAUUAGAAUCAAUUGAGAGCUUUCUAUUAAAAAAACAAAACAAACAAACAAAAACAGUGUGGUAUUGAUAAUUUCAACAACAAAUACUCAAUCUGUCAAAGUGCAUAAUGUCCAAUGAACCAAAUCCCAUUAUUAAUGAAAGGCCAAUAUCGGUCCCAAAUAUCGGUCUUACCUUAAACGACAGAGCCUGUGUGUUUUGGUGUGAAUGUCGAUGCUUUGCAGUCCGCUUGAUUUGAAAUAUUGUCGAAUAAAUUUAACAGUUGCACAGCUUCAGCCUUGAAUCAUGCACUGGUUUCUAGUCACACAACUGGUGUAUUCCUGGUCCACAGCAUCCUAUAGACUCCAUUAUUAUUAUACCUAGUAUUAUGCCAUGCUUGACUACAUAUUCAUCUUGAGGGGAAUGCAUUCAUUAACUUUUUUUUUCUUUGUGUGUGUGUGUGUGUGUGUGUGUGUGUGUGUGGGUGCGUGUAUGUACAGUAUGUGUACAUAAAUGUGUAGAAUUGGAUACACCGAUAGAUUGUACAGUUCUCUGCACAUCUGUCUACCAAUAUACCCUACAUUCUAACACAUCGGUAAUUAACCGUUCUAACUAAAUAACCAUUACCACUAUUGUAAGAUUCUGGUCUAUAUAAUGCAAUGUUGCACAAUUUUGUAUGUAAAUACGUAGACAUGCUCUCUGGUUUAAUAUGAGUUUUGUUCUGGCUCUAUGAAGUGUGAAUGUCUUAUAAAGAUGUUGAUAAAAAUGAUAAAUGGUAGCACCUGGCAAAAACGCCUGUCAAUGUGUUUUCACUGGUUAUGCCCACUUGAAUGAGAUUUUAAUAAAUUUCCACCUAUCAAGUGCU